AUGGCUGACAGUGGCCCUAUAUACUCCCCUCUACCCGCCCCGAGCAUGCUUUACCAGGGCUCCGAGGAGAAAAUGUCAGGCACAUCAACGCCGCAGACGGAUUCAACCGAAUUGUUGCCCGAUACAAGGCAGGACAGCCGCUCCUCUUACCCCCUGAGACUACCCCAGAGUCCCCCAGGUGCACAGAACAAUCCCAUACAGAUUCCCAAAAUCACGGCAGACAUCUCCUUUGCCCACGACCCGGCUGUCCUGGCGCGCGGGCUCGAGGGCAAGUGCGUGGAUGAAUUCGGCAACGUCCUCGACUGGGACGGCACCGUCCUAGGCCGCGUGGAAGGCGACCUGCCAUCCAUGGUUGGGAGAUCUGUAUCCAGCGACGGCAGAGUUUGCGAUGGCAGCGGCGACGUGGCAGGACAUGUGUCCGAAAACCACAUGGACUCGUCUACGGCGGCACCGGACCACGGCAGCAAGAGACUGAAGAUGGACCACUCCGGCAACAUCUACGACCAUCAUGGCGAUGUUGUGGGCAGGAUGAAGGACCACUCCAAGGAGAAUAAGACGGCUGCCGCGGACGGUUGUGCGAGAUGCAGAGAGCGAGAGAGAGAGCGAGAGCGAGGCCCAGGCCCAAGCAAUGAUGCUGGCGGCCAGCAGGAGUCGCAGGAAAAGGCAGCGGAUGGAGCGGCUGACGAUGUGCCUCACCGGACGGCGACUCCAAGCCCUUCAGAUAUCUACUUGGAUGUCAAGUCUACGCAUGAUGGCAUCCAGUUGAUCAUCAAGAUCCCUACAGUUUUCAAUCGCCAUCGCGAGAGGGAAUGA